AUGGCGAAUUUAUUAACACGCCAACAAGUAAUGGACACUAUUGCUGCUGCUGGUAUCCCAUUUGACAAAGAAGCUACAUUGGUCCAGUUAAGAGGUUUAUACGAUGAUGUAAUCGCUGGUCGUGCCGUGAACAGAAGUGAAGAAACAGAUGCAGAUGCUCAGCUGAACGUGUACAAUAAUGUGCCAGAGAUUGGUGAAAAUAAAUUAUCAGAAGAUGGUGAUCGACGUGAACGUGAGAGAAUGAUUGAAGAGGAGGAGUAUCUUGAUCGCAUGCUGGCAAUUGCUAGGAAGAAACGCGAGCUAGCUGAGUUGCAGCAAGAGAUUGGUCAAGGGUCUGAGUCACAGGAUAUUAAAAAGUGGGUUGCUGAGCUGGAGAAUGUGUUUGAAAUCCUUCAGUGUAAUGAUCGUGAAAAACUGAUUGCUGUUCGCCAUUUGGUUUGUGGUCACGCAAGACGAUUCAUUGACAUAAUUUCGGUGCGCUCAUAUGAGGACAUAAAAGCUGCAUUGUUAGAUGAGUUUCAAUGUAAAUUUUCGCUGCAAGAUAUCUUCAACCAAUUAAAAUCACGUUGCAUCAAAUCGGGAGAAACGCCACGCCAGUAUGUAACUGAAAUGCAAUAUAUUGCUAGUCGAGCCGAUAUUCCAGAGACCGAUUUAGUCGAUAUUAUAAUAGAAGGACUAAAUGAUAAAACGUCUACAGUAUCAAUGUUGUAUGGCGCGUCGUCUAUUCGGGAACUUAAAGUGUUGAUGGAACGAUACGAGAGAAAGAGGAAAACCAUAAAAACACAGAAAAGUAUUGCGUCAGAAGUCAAGCAAGGUCAGGCUGAUAUUAACAGUGUGCGCUGCUUCAAUUGCUUUCAAUACGGUCAUUACCAAGAUGCAUGUACAGCUCCGAGACGACCACCAAAUUCGUGUUUCGUAUGUGCUGAGGUUGGGCAUACUCGCCAUAAUUGCCCUCGUCGUGGUGGAUCAAAUAAUUCAAAGGUGGCAGCUGCAGUUGGAGAUGAUGAGGAACCCGAACGAUGCCAGUUAGCUGAACGUUUAGCUCCUAAUAAUUUGGUAAGUAUUGCUUUCCAUCAAAGGGAGAAGUGCACUGACUUGAUUUCUUUCUUGGCUUUGUUUGACACGGGCAGUCCUAUCAGUUUCAUUAGAAGAUCAUGUGUGCCCGCAACGGUUGAAGUAAAUGUUGAUUGGAAACUAUCGUGCUACCGUGGAAUGGAUUCUGAGGCUGUGGUGCCGUUGUUGGUGGGGCGUGAUCUUUUGGGAAGGAUGGGAGUUGGUUUGUGUCAGAUAGAGACAAUUAGAUAUAAGAAAUAUGAUCUGUUGAAAAUGAAUGAUCAAAAUAAAAUUUCUAUAGCGGACAAUGUCAUAAGUGCCCUUCGACUUUUUGAUAUAUGUAAAUAUCCGUCAAGUAAUUCUGAGGCUGCUCCAAUCAUAGGAAAAGAAUAUAUUGUUUUAAAGGGUGUUGACCCUGAAGUGAAUAUUCUGUUAGAUAUGAAGAGUUGCGAGGCUCGUAUUAUGGCAGGUUUAGAUGAGGUUUGUUUGGUGGAUUAUAAUGAUUUGUCUAAAAAUAUUAAAGUGAUUCUAGCUGUAAAUUUAACUGAGGAGUGUGAUGUCGGACAUCUAAUAAAUAUCGAUAUCCAAUUGAAUAAAGCAGAUGCAGAUAUUAUGCGUAACCUUAUUAAAACAAUGUAUGAGACUAGGGGCAAACUGGGGGUUGGUAAUUACUCAAUGGAAAUUAAACUAAAGAAUGAUACGCCAGUGUACACAAGGCCGCUAAUUAAACUUACGUAUAAAAAUGUGGUAUUUAAAUGGACAGAUGAAUGUAUGAAUGCUUUUGCGUUAUUGAAGGAAAAGUUAACUGAGCCUCCAGUGUUAUGUAUAUUCGAUCCCAAACGUGAUACGGAGUUACAUACGGAUGCAAGUUCUUAUGGAUAUGGUGCAGUACUGUUGCAAAAACAGGAUAAUAAUAAAUAUCAUCCGGUUGCAUAA